AGCUGCCGCCGCGCCGCAUAAUUGACACUCUUGAGCUUCCGUAGUGGGUUGGAGGAAGCACAACAUUUUCUGACCGCCUUCCUUUUAUGAACAGAAAAAAAAUAUAUAUAAACAAUGACAACUUGUACCGACCUCCGCUCCAUCUUCGACUUGUGCUCAAAUGAAGAAGCUUUUAAGCUGACUGAGGUAAACUCUGUCCUGAAGGAGACUGGAUCAUCCACAGACUGUGUGACAAUUAGAGGUCCACAUGACGACUGGAACAGAGAGGUGUCAGACAAAAUGGCCUGCUCCGCCUGCAAAUGUUCCUUUGAUAACAGAGAGGAACAGAGGGAGCACUACAAGCUUGACUGGCAUCGGUUUAAUUUAAGACAAAAGAUGGCAGGAUUGCUUCCCAUCACAGCGGAAGAGUUUGAGAAGAAAACCAGAGCCGGAGACCUGUCGAGUAUCUCAGGGUCUGAGUCUGAUUCUGAUGAAGAGGACAUGGAGAGUGACGGCAGAGGAACCGGGAGUAACAUUACUGGAACAGACAAUGAGAGUUCAGCUGAGCCUAAUGCAACAACUGGCCGGCUCAACAGUAAGGUGGUGUUUCAAAACGCCGCAGGAGAAUAUCUGUCCAUCUAUCGCUGUGCGCUUAUGGGAAAGGCAGAUUCUGAUGAGCACGACGUAGUUUCCUCUCUGAAUACUGUGAAUCAGAAAACUGUCUGGGUCAUACUCAUGACGGGCGGCGGACAUUUUGCUGGAGCUGUCUUCGAAGGAAAACAAGUUCUCGAUCAUAAGACUUUCCAUCGAUACACGGUUCGAGCAAAGAGAGGCACUGCCCAAGGACUGAGAGAUUCCCAGAAUCGCAGCCACAUGGCAAGAUCUGCAGGAGCCACUCUGAGGAGAUACAACGAGGCAGCGCUCGUUAAGGACAUUCAGGAUCUUCUGCUAACCUGGACUGAACACUUGAACAGGGCGUCUGCCGUGUUUGUUCGAGCUCCCAGCUACAACAAGACUAUCUUCUUUGGAGGCCGCGGGGGUCCCCUCCAAAAAAAUGACCUCCGGGUCCGCUCACUUCCCAUCGCCACGCGCAGGGCGACGUUUCGGGAAGUGCAGCGGGUACACGAGGUCCUCUCUACUGUCCAGGUGUAUGGGAAAGACGCGGACAUGUCUGCUGUUUUUAGUCCGACUAAGACGGCAUGGAAGAAGAAGCCCAAAGCUGCAGCACAGAAAAUCACGGGUGAACAGAAAGAUAUAUUGCUGGGACCAGGGGAAGAAAAUAAUGAAAGCUCAGAUGAAGAGGGAGAAGAAAUCCAGCUGGAGAUGGUGGAGCUCACGAUAGGAACCCUGGACCUCAGAGAGCAUGAAAUGCAUCCCUGCAGGCGGAGGAAGAGGAGGAGGAAAAAGAAGGAGCAAGGCAAACUUCAUAAGCAAGAAACAGGAAGCAUGAAUGCUGGAGCAAGUGAGCUAGAAGACGUGGUGUCCAAGGCUACGCCUGCAGAAGAAGAGGAGGAGACGCCUCACCAGGAACAAUCUGUAAAAACAAGGAAGAAGAAACCACAGGGGCAAAAACAACUAGAUGAAACUGUUGAUGAGUCAGUUGAUUACGGCCUCAGGGAUUCUCUGUUUACUGCAUGCAAAGUUGGAGAUGUAGGUGCUCUCUGCAGUCUCCUUCAGCUACCUCAGGAAACGAUGGACCAUCCUGAAAAGAUGGAGGAAAAUAUCUCUACAGCCCCUUUAAGCCUCCUGAAUAAAUCCAUCGAUUCAUCAGGGUUUUCUUUGCUGCAUGUCGCUGCAGCAGCUGCACAGAAGGCCGUCGUCAGGCUGCUCCUACAUGCAGGAGCAGAUCCUGCAUGCAGGGAUAACAAAGGCCAGACGCCGUAUAUUGUCGCACCUGACAAAGAUACUAGGAACGUCUUUCGUAAAUACAUGGGUGAGAACCCUGAUAAGUAUGACUACAGCAAGGCACAGGUCCCUGGGCCUCUAACGGCAGAGACUGAAUCCAAAAAGGUGGAGAAGAAAAAGGCCCAAAGAGCUCAGAGAAAGCAUCGGGAGAAAGAGCAGAAGGAGGAAAAGAGGAAACAGGAGUUGGAGGCAGAGGAGAAGAAAAAGUUUGCAUCUCUGACAGAUCGGGAAAAGAGAGCGCUGGCAGCAGAGAAAAGGUUGGCAGAACAAGCGGUUGCCUCAGGGGUCAGCCUCUCUAAUGUCCAGAGGUGCUGGUCAUGUGGAGAAUCUCUGCUCGGGAAAAUCCCGUUUAACUACCUGGAGUAUACAUUCUGCACCCCACGAUGCGUGCAAGCUCAUCGGAAAGCAAAUGCUCCUCCAAACAAGUCCUAAUGCAUAUUGGGGAAAAAUGAAUCUAGGUGAUAAAAGUAAAAUGCUUCUCAAGUUUC